GCUGAGCUGAGGCUGAUCACAGGGCAGAACUGGGGCUGCACCGAGACGAUCUGCUGCUGGAUGUGUCAGUUCUCGACGGUGCUCGUCUGCGGAGAGAAGAGUAUCUCCUCGGCUGCUCAUCCCGCUGUGUUUGCACCGGCAGACAGGGCUAGCUAGUUAGCUGCAGUCAGAGCCGGGGAUGGGGAGACUGUCCUGCUGGGGCAGACCAAACUAUUAACACAACACCCCGGGACACGCUCAUACCGCCUCCCUGCUCGCCGGUUGUUGGUGUUACUAUAAUCCCCACCAUGGUGCAGAAGUAUCAGUCCCCUGUGCGGGUGUACAAGCAUCCCUUUGAGCUGGUGAUGGCGGCAUAUGAACGCCGCUUCCCCACCUGCCACCUCAUCCCCAUGUUUGUGGCCAGUGAUGUGGUGGAGGAGGAGACCAGCGAGGACGGCUCCGUCAACAGGAUCGAGCGGCGCUGCGCCCUGGACGUGGACGCGCCGCGACUCCUCAAAAGGAUUGCAGGUGUAGACUACGUCUACUUCAUCCAGAAAAACACACUGAACCGACAGGAGAGGACUCUGCACAUCGAGUCCCACAAUGAGACCUUUUCCAACAGAGUCAUCAUCCACGAGACCUGCUGCUAUUCGGUCCACCCGGAGAAUGAGGACUGGACGUGUUUCGAACAGACCGCCAGCUUGGACAUCAAGUCCUUCUUUGGCUUUGAGAGCACCGUGGAAAAGAUUGCCAUGAAGCAGUACGCCAGCAGUAUCAAAAAGGGAAAGGAAAUCAUCGAGUUCUACCUGAAGGAGCUGGAGGAUGAGGGCAUCACUCAGGUGCCCCGCUGGAGUCCUCUCUCGCCGUCCACGGCUCCCCCCAGACCCACCACCCUCUCCGUGAGCCCGCCUGUCCUCCCCCUGCACACCUGCACGCCUGCAGCUUCUGCCCCGCAGCCUGCCGACGCCAAAGACACGCCCUCGCAGGAGGCAAAGCAAGACUGCACCGCGCUCCAGGCAGACAGCCUCACGGACAUCCUGGCCGGGACGCCUGAAGACAAGCUGGAUGCAGAUUAUAUCAAGCGUUACCUGGGGGACCUGACGCCCCUCCAGGAGAGCUGUCUGAUCAGACUCCGCAAGUGGCUUCAGGAGACGCACAAAGGAAAGAUCCCUAAAGACGAGCACAUCCUGCGUUUCCUGCGGGCCAGAGACUUCAACAUGGACAAGGCCCGGGAGAUCCUGUGCCAGUCUCUCACCUGGAGGAAGCAGCACCAGGUGGACUACCUGCUGGAGACUUGGAACUCUCCACAAGUCCUGCAGGACUUCUACACCGGUGGCUGGCACCACCAUGACAGAGACGGCCGUCCUUUGUACAUCCUGCGGCUGGGCCAGAUGGACACCAAAGGACUGGUACGCGCUCUCGGAGAGGAGUCGCUGCUGAGACAUGUGCUGUCAAUCAACGAGGAGGGCCUGAGACGCUGUGAGGAGAACACCAAGGUGUUUGGAAGACCCAUCAGCUGCUGGACGUGUCUGGUGGAUCUGGAGGGACUGAACAUGCGUCACCUGUGGCGACCCGGGGUCAAGGCGCUGCUGAGGAUCAUCGAGGUGGUGGAGGCCAACUAUCCCGAGACUCUGGGACGGCUGCUCAUCCUCAGAGCUCCGAGAGUCUUCCCUGUCCUCUGGACGCUGGUGAGUCCAUUCAUUGAUGAAAACACCCGCAAAAAGUUCCUGAUCUACGCAGGCAAUGACUACCAAGGCCCCGGCGGUCUUGUGGACUACAUAGACAAGGAGAUCAUCCCCGACUUCUUGGGAGGAGAGUGUAUGUGUGAGGUACCCGAGGGCGGCCUGGUUCCUAAAUCGAUGUACCGCACGGCCGAGGAGCUGGACAACGAGGAUGUCCGACUGUGGACCGAGACGAUCUACCAGAGUGCCAGCAUCUUCAAAGGCGCCCCACACGAGAUUCUGAUCGAGAUCAUCGACGCCGCCUCAGUCAUCACCUGGGACUUCGACGUGUGCAAAGGCGAUGUGGUUUUCAACAUCUACCACUCAAAGCGGGCCCCCCAGCCGCCGCGUAAAGACCCCCUGGGGGCCCACGGCAUCACCUCCCCCGGAGUCAACAACGUCCAGCUCAUCGACAAGUCCUGGACUCUGGGUCAGGACUACAGCAUGGUGGAGUCUCCACUCACCUGCAAGGAGGGCGAGAGCGUGCAGGGCUCCCACAUAACCCGGUGGCCGGGUUUCUAUAUCCUCCAGUGGAAGUUUCACAACAUGCCGGCCUGCUCGGCCACCAACCUGCCGCGGGUGGACGACGUGCUGGCCACCCUGCAGGUCUCCUCACACAAGUGUAAAGUCAUGUACUACACCGAGGUUCUGGGCUCGGAGGACUUCAGAACGGCUUGCUGUGAUGUGCAGAGUUUGGGCUCCAUGACCAGCCUGGAGUCGAGCCACAGCGGCUUCUCCCAGCUCAGCGCCGCCACCACCUCCUCCAACCACUCCCAGUCUAGCUCCAUGAUCUCCAGGUAAAAGCAGCGGAGGAUGUCAGUCCCCCCGAGGCAGCCCCUCCUCUACCAGCACCAUCCACAUGGAAGCCAAACCCCCCUUCCCCACCCCUCCUAAAUUGUCUUUGAACUCUGUUUCCUAUUGCACAGCCAGUCUCCAUGGACCUGAUGCAUGCUUGCACAAAAAGAAGACGGAGUUCUGAAAUUCUGAGGCAAAAAUGACAAAAAAACAAACAAACAACGAACUGAAACUGUGUAAAAUUUAAAGGGCUAAUUUUUGCACAAAGGUCGUCUAUUUUAUUUGUGCCUGGCAACUCUGCCUGGCAGCGGGUUUGAACCGGAUCACCUGCAGGAUGUUUGCGCGUGUCGUAUCUCGCGCAGGACCGGAAGGUUGAAGGCCGACGGGCGAAGCACGGCGGAGUCUGAAAGAAGCAAUAUUUCCCUCCCGGGAGCUCCGGGAGCAGAUGAAGACACUGGAGAGGCUGUUACAUUUAUGCAUUUACACAAACUCUCUCUCACACAGUUCUGAGACGGUGCCGAUCUCACUCGUGAGACUGGAUGUGCUGUUACACUCAAACACAAAUGUUUUACAUGCACAAAUGUUUUGCCAUAUUGUUACUGGAGCUGUUUCUAGGUCAUAUUACGGUGGGUGGGGUGACCUCUCUGGCUCCAGCAGCACCGGAACAGUUGGAGUCUAAUGCAUUAUAAGACGGUGUCAGCAAAGUGGCCAGUUCAAGAGGAAAACAAAAGCUGCAGACAUUUCCAGUGGCUGCUUUUGAGAUUUCUCAUUUAUUUUGCCGACUUGAGCGACUAACCCCACCCACCUGUUUUAACGAGGGCUUUCACUUGAAACCUUGAGAAGCGGUUGAACAUUUGACCCAGGUCAGAUUUCUUUUAGUUUCUUUUUCUCCUUGAGGUAAUCUGCUAGUAGCAAUAACACGACUUGGACUUUCUACUGUGUGAGAUAUUUGUAUUUAUCAUUUAAGACGUGUUUGGACGAUCCGAGGGUGCUGAGUGCACCCGAACUCUCUCCAAGUUCAGGCGGGCGGACGAGCAAACUGAGCCAGUAAAACAACUGUUAUCGGUGGCACCGACAUCUGCAUCUCCGCCGAUGUUUGGUCAGGAGUGAAGCCAAACUACCGAUUUCCUCCUCGACUCGUUUCACUGAUGCUCAUCCACCGAACAUUCGACACAGUUUGCUUUCUGUUGAGCAUAUGCACAAUUAAGGAACUCGACUUGAGAUCACAUGGAGGAAAUGCCUUGUUACAGAUUGGUGAAUGUGCUACUGUUGCCCAUGAAACACCUGAGUUGGGAGGGUUGUCAUGUGACCGGGCUGAGCUGCCAUCAGUCUCUACUUUUUCAGAGUGAUAUAGAUUUCAGUGUGACUAGAGGAUGAAUGUGUGUUGUGAUUAGCGAUUGAAAACAUUGAUACUGUACAUGUGACUGUGUUUUGGAGGCUUGAUGGGUCAAGAGCUGCGGCUCUCAAAGGUUUAUCUUUGGAUUUAUUAUUUAAGAAAUUAAGAUAAAGCCAUUUUAAGAGCCAUGUGUCAAUAAAUACCAUUUAGCCUUUGUAAGCAUCACUUAGAAAAUGUACCUGCAUUCUUUCUCUCUUCCAAGGUGACCACUGUAACAGAUGAAUGAACAUUUCAAAAUGCAACAGUUUUUUUUUACGUGUAGAUUACUUGAAUACUAAGCGGUGAUGAAUUCACUCUUGUUAGACUCCAACACAGUUGCCAAGAGUUGUCUGCUCUGUUACCAUAGUUACUAAGUGCAGCUGUAGGAGGGAUAAAAAAACAAAAAAAUGUGAGACGGAUGGUUGUUUUUUUUUUUCCUUUCAUGGAAAAUGGUCUUCUAAAAAAGAGAAACAAAACUGCUUGGUUUGAACUUUUAAUGGUGAACAGUUAUUUUUGUGUCACUAACAGCGACGGCAUUAAAGUGCUCUAGUGAGAGACGUGAGGGCUGAAGGUGCGAGACUGUAAACGGAUGAAUGUUUGAGCCUUCAGCAAGAGUCGACUCGUUUCUAUUCACCUGUGUUUUUCUCUGUUUGGGUUUCUGCAGUGGUUUAACUGAUAAACGGGGAAACGAUCACUUUUCCCUCUGUCACUUUCUGUUUCCUGCAAAGCGGGAUCGGACCUUUGACUGGAGCAGUUGGCAUGAAGACGUGUCCGUGUUUUAGCUGUUGUAGACGGUGAACGUGUCCCGCCUCUUGACUGGCAGCGCGUGCACCGACCGUGGGGAUCUCCUGCACAAAUGAGGGCUAUAACUGUGUGUCCUGACUGUUCAGCUCUUCUGUCUCCCUGCUGCCGUUUCUUCCAUCUCUGCAUAUCUUCUCUUUACCUUGAUGUGAUAUGUAAAAAGUAUAUGUUUGGAUUAAUAAGAAUUUUGACAUUUUUGAAGACAUUAAACCUGAAUUAUGAGAAA